CUACCCACAGCUACCCUCCUACUAAUAGACGAUAACGAGCACCACCCUUGGUGGGUCCCAGGCAGUAGCAAUACCAGCCAAGGCGGCCAACAACUAGCAGACUGGAUAGAAGACCAGAACCUUAGCCUUCUCAACACGCCAGGAACUACUACUUUCUUUAGACCUCAUUUAUCUAGAGAACCAACGCUAGAUCUAUCUAUCGCUACAUCAGAUCUAGAAGACAAAGUAAAAGACUGGCAAAUCACAACAGAAACCGGAUCCGAUCACCACGGGAUGCUCUUCUCAAUC